GGAGGAUUCCAAAAGGAAGCUCGGUCCCUGCAGAGGGUUGUCUACAGGGGAUCCAAGAUGGCUCCAGUUAAAAUCAGCUACAUCGUGUCCUUCUCCUCGCAGGAUCCCAAGUACCCGGUGGAGAACUUGCUGCAUGAGGACAGCCUUCGUCCCUGGCUCGGCUGCCCCCAGGACCGCAGCAGGCAGCUGAAAGUGGAGCUGCAGCUGGAGAGAGCCAGUCCCAUCGGCUACGUGGACGUUGGCAACUGUGGCUGCGCCUUUCUCCAGAUCGAGGUGGGACGUUCCUCAUGGCCGCUUGAACAGUCCUACCUCACCUUGGUGCCCAGCGUCGCGCUGAUGACGCCGGCUGACUCGAAGCUGGAUCACAACCGCUGCGGGGUCCGAAUGUUUAAAGAAGCAGACUUCCUGGCACUGGCGGUGGGGCAGAAGUGGGACCGCCUGCGGCUCACCUGCAGCCAGCCCUUCAGCAAGCACAGCCAAUUCGGGCUGUCCUUCAUCCGCGUGCGCACGCCGCUGGACCCUGAGGACCCCCAGCCGCCCCCACCCUUGCAGCAAGGCCUGGAGGAUGCCAAGCCUGUGGACAGCCCCUGGCGCUCCAGCCCUGCCUUUUGCCGGACUUUCUUUCCAGAACCAUGCUCGAGCUCGAGGGAGGAGGAGCAGCUGAAGAGCCGCCUGCAGCAGCUGGAACCAACCGCCUGGAGCCCAGCCCGCCUCAGCCGCCCAGCCCAGAUGGUGCUGUCAGCGGUGCGGAGCCGGGCAUUGAGGCCCAGAGCCAGCACGGGCGUCCCGGGGGGUGACCCGGAGCUGCUGACUGAGGACCUGGGAGGCCCUCUGGUGCCAGGGUCUGCGCAGGACGUCCCUGCAGCCCCCACAAGAGCUCGCAGGCAGCCGGACAGCAGGCAAAGAGCUCCCAGCCCUGUGGGCAGGUCUCUGCCAGCUGCCUUGAGGCAGUCCAGGUCAGGAGGAAGAGCCAGAGCCCACAGCCACCGAGAGAGACGGGCCAGGAGGGGUGACAGUGGAGGGGACAGCAAUCAGGGGGAGAGGGGCAUCUGCCCCAUUUGCUCAGGCCGCUUCAGCCUGGAUCUACUCCCCCUACACGCCUCCCGCUGCGGGGAUGAAGACCCUGAUGCAGCCUGGCCUUCCUCCCCGCUGGCAGAGAUGUCCCCCGACACCUGGGUGUCCUGCCCCAUCUGCGAGCUGCCCUUCAGCGUGGCAGAGGUAGAGUGGCACGCCAGCACUUGCGGGGAGCAGGCAGGGACACCGGGCACCCUAUCCUCAUCCUACCGCGUGAGGUAGGGCUGUGAGGACAGCGGAGGGGGGAAACGACAAACCCCCCAUCGCGGCACUCAGGCUGAAGCUGCAUUGCUGCGGCUGUUGGAGA